CAGUGGCAAAUUCAAUCAGAUCAACUGCGGACAUCCUGAGAGAACUGGACGCACAAUUCUGAGCUGUUUGCUGCCUGAUUAUCGUUUUGUUUUUUUUGACGAAUUAAAAACACUGGGACACUCUGACCACCAUGAAGGAGAGGAGAAACACACAGCCGCUCGUCGUCAGAUGUAAACUGGUCCUUGUUGGAGAUGUUCAAUGCGGAAAAACUGCGAUGUUGCAAGUCCUUGCGAAGGACUGUUAUCCAGAGACCUACGUGCCCACGGUGUUCGAGAACUACACAGCCUGCCUGGAGCUGGAGGAGCAGCGAGUGGAGCUCAGUCUGUGGGAUACUUCAGGUUCUCCAUAUUAUGAUAACGUGAGGCCCCUUUGCUACAGUGACUCUGAUGCAGUUCUGCUGUGUUUUGACAUCAGCCGUCCUGACACAGUGGACGGUAGUCUGAAGAAGUGGAAAACCGAGAUCCUAGACUUCUGUCCCAGCACACGUAUCCUGCUCGUUGGCUGUAAGAUUGACCUGCGCACAGAUGUCUGCACGCUGAUGGAACUGUCCAAUCAGAAACAGACUCCCAUCACCUACGAGCAGGGCUCUGCUAUGGCCAAGCAGCUGGGUGCAGAGGCGUAUCUGGAGUGCUCGGCAUUCACCUCAGAAAAAAGCAUCCACAGUGUGUUUCGCACCGCAGCUAUGGCCUGCAUCAACAAGCUGCAGGCUCUCCCAAAGUCCAGCCCCACCCGCCGCCUCUCCAAAAGACUCCUCCACCUGCCCAGCAAGUCAGAUUUGCUCUCCUCCACCUUCAAGAAGGAGAAGGCCAAGAGCUGCUCGGUCAUGUGAGUGAAGACCUCGUGGGUUACAGUCCUCACAUGCAACCCCAACCCCCUGCCGUUUUGGUCUUGGGGAAGGGGGGGUGGGCAUGAUGGUUUUAUCAGGGCUUCCUGCUGAAUCCUUCCCUCACCCCCCCAAAAAACCAAACACCCCUCAGAAGAGGUGGACACCUCGCUGUCCACUUGCUCCUGAACCUUUUAGUGCACAUCCAUCUUUUCCCACAACUGUUUAUCUUGCUUUCAAACAAACAAAAACCGGUCAAGGUUUGAUCAUUGAGCUAUCAUGUUUUCACCUGUAAACAGUAUGCAACUACAAUGGUGUAACAUCCGUCCAAUUUUACUCUCUCUAGGCACAUGUUGAGUUUGUCCAAAUUGGAAAUGUGCAACGUGUGACGUUUAAUCUUGUGAUGUAAAUGCCUCUUAGACAACUCAAUGGAUAUUUUUCUAAGUGCAAAAAUAAAUCUAGCAUGAAACCGUCAGGAAUUAGCUAAAUCCUGUACAUCCCUCUUAGCAAGGUGUGUGAUGUGCAAAACAGCUUGUCACUAUAGUCCCCAUUUAGGCCUGUGAAAGCACACAGAUGUAGAGGGACGAACCAUAGAAGUGAGAGCUAUUACACAGAGGGCUGCUCUCGUCGUCUUGAGGGUGACGAGAGCAGGGAGAAGAGAUUUUGAGUGCUGGCUGCUAUGCAGAUACCAGUCUAGACUACACCAACCUGCAUGGGUUGUGGAUGCAUGGUUGCGUAGCUCUGGACAGCACAGCUCCAUGGGCUUUCAGUGGAAUAAUUCGAGAAGACUGAAGGGGCUCUGUGUGUACAAAGGGAAGUGUAGUUGUACUUCCAGUGUCUCUGCUGACACAGCUGGAAACUACUUUUAAUGUCAGUGAUGAGACGGAUACAUUUAAACCCAUGAGAAGAGACACUUAAGCAUCAACACAAACGAUUCAAUGCUGAGCUGCUGAAAGUUAUUUAUGAAGCCGUGGUUGUUUAUUGAAAGGCCAGUGCUACAGUAUGAGGCAUUCUUAAAAGCAUAGGAAGAUGCCUACCGAAUUCAGGCUUGCUGCUAACAGAUCAAUCUGUUUUGUAAUUUCAAAUGUUCCUCAAAAGAUUUGUAGCAUUGCAUUGUUUACAGUUUUCCAACAAUUCUCAGAUGAUAUGCAGUUUUGAAAAAUGCCUUUCAUAUUAGAUUUUUUGACAACUGUACUAUGCCUGUGGUUUUCUCUCAUUUGCAACAACCUAAUGUAGCACUCCCAACCUAACUACUCUUCCAGGAUGACUCUAGCUUGUGCAGUACCCUCUUGUUAAUCUAUUGACCUCCAAUAAGCAGCACUUAAUGUAGGCAACAAUGUCUUCAAAGCGAAACGUGGAGUCUUUUAUGAGCUUAAAUCUUUGGCUUCAUGGUGUGUGUGCAGCAUUGAUCUCUGUGCUUCUAACCAUAAAGCAAUAAUGAUUUAAGUGCUUGUGACGCAAGGUAACCUGUGUGGCAAUAAAGAUGGGGCUUUGCGAUUACUGUCAUGCUAUAAGUGCUCCGUGGACAUCUGACGGAAAACCGUCUCUGCUGUACAAAGAGGCUGCUGAUCUGUGUUUGACCCUCCUCCCCCUGUAAGUAGCCACUGGUAUAUAGAAUAGCCAGUGACGAUGAUGUGCCAGGAAAAAGAUGUGAAUAAGAGGGAACCACAAUUUUUGUGUCAAAAGAUGCUUGAAUUUAUCGUCAAUUUUACAUAAUCAUAAAAAAAAAUAGUAGAAAGGCUUGAGAUGCUUGUGUGAGUUGACAGUGAUAUGCUUUCAAAAUUGGAAAUUCAAAAGUCUAACAAUCAUUUUGUAAAAAAAAAAAGAAAAAAAAAUGAAACAAUGUAGGACUGAGGAGAACAAGUAAUCAAAGCACAGGCUGGCCCUGUCGAAAGAAAGUGAUUUCUCCCUAUUUUUCCAUUAUUCAUUUUUUUUGUAUUUAAUCGCAUGUUGUGAGUAUCAGUGUUAUGGAAAUAUCUCCCUGAGAUGAUUGUAGCGUUUUUAUGAAGCCGUGGACUGCCCCUGGUAGUCGGAGGAACUUAGUGGAACUAAGUGGUGAUUUGCACAAAGGCUUCCAGUUCAUGGUCACACCCAAUUCCUCAGCAUUACCUAGCAACAAUUCACUAUAGAAAAGGCAGACACUGGCUCUCGAGUUGGUUGUGUGGACAGAGAGCGGUUGGCUCACAAGCAGACGUCCCCCCUGCUCUUUACAGCAUCGGAUAUGCAUUUAUUGCCAGACUUGUUAUUAAACAAAGAACAUGUCUUGAGGUUUUUUUUCUCUGGGUUUGCGCUGUGAUGCCAGGUCUUCUGAGGAUGGGUUGGGGGGAGGGGGGCUCACGGUAUGGAUGGGAUGGACCUUGUCAGUUAAUAUGCAGCCUUCGUGUUGUAGUCAGUGUGUGGUACAAUGGUGCAGUCAAACUCCUAAGCAUGUCCUAUUAAAGUUGUAUGAUUGUACAUACUGUCUGUUGUUUUAUAAUCAUUGUAAGAUGUCUUAAAGGAUGUCACAUGAUGAUAUUGUUAUUGAUGUUAAUAUUUAUUUGGUGGCUUUUCUUUUUAUUUGGUCAGUUGAAUUGUACAUUUGUUGAAAAACUGUUUUGGAAUUUUUUUUUUUAAUUUUAUGUCUUUUUUUCUCUUUUUUUCUUAGUUUUUUCUUUCAUUCUUUUUGCUGUGUUAAAUAAAGCUUGCCCUGUCCGGCACCCUUGAA